AUGGCCGUCAAGCAACGUCGGCCACGUUGGGUGUGGAUUUUACUUGCAGGCCUUGGUCUGGUUUCUUUUGACGUCUUUCUCGCGUCGGCCACCUGUGGGUUUGCGCUUGUCCGCCAAGAGGUUCAGGACCCACCAGGUUUUGAUGGAGUCCGACCAACGAACUUCUUGAUGAUCGGGAAUCCGGGCACAGGCAAGAGCACUGUGUUGAAUGGUCUCAUUCAGAAGCCCUACUUCAAGUCAGGGAUGUCGUUUGGAGGCGGCAUGACGUACGAGUUUGACAGGGCGGAGAUUGGAAAGCACACGUUCCUGGACACUCCAGGCCUAUCGGACCCGACAAGGCGAAAGCAGGCUGCUGAAGCCAUCACUGAGGCGCUGAAGCAGAAUGGAUACUACAAGAUAUUUUUUGUCAUCACCUUGCAGAACGGGCGCGUGCGCUCUGAAGAUGUGACAACCAUGAAGCUUGUUUUGGAUGCAUCACCAAGCAACAAGUAUGGGGUGAUCAUUAACCAACUGAAUUCACGAGAGUAUGAGGCUCUUCACGAUCCGGAGGGUGAGGCUAGGAAGAGUGUCCUAACAGCUCUCCUAGGUACGAUGCCGGUAGACAAGUUGUCACCAUACAUCCACCUCGUUCAACAUGAUGACGAUUUGGCGGGUGUGGACAACAUGGCAAAGCCACUGCCUGACGACCUGAGGGACUUCAUUCUGAAGACGUGCCCAGGCAUCGACAUUGCAGAGGUUGAAGUGGCGGACAUUAAGGCCAGCGAGUAUGAGGCUCUAACGUCGCAAAUGGAAGAGAUGCUUGCGGACAGCGAGAAACUGAAAGAUGCUCUCAGGUCUCGCGAGGCCGAGCUCAAAGAUUUGACCGAGGAGCUCAAAGCUGCCAACGGCAAUGACCCCGACCAGGGCUUCGCGUUUCUGUCGAUGGCCGCGCUCUUGACGCUCUUGCUGCUGUGA